AUGAAUGGCACUAACAUGGAGGAAAUGCCGUUUCAGAAAGUCAAAACCAGGCGAAAAAGAAGUCACUGUCCACCGGGUGUCCCCCUGACCACAAUCGCCUGCGAGGACGAGUUCGACUGCAAGGAGCUGGAGUCCCUCUUCCAAAACUACAACCUGAAACUGGAGCAGACGUCCACGCUUAAAGCCCUCGCGGUCCUCAUCUUCACCUCAGCGACGCUGACCGUGGUGGAGCUUCUGUCCGGCCCGAGCCUCACCAUAUCCAAGGGGUCCCAUCCGAUCCACUGUAUCAUCUUCCUCUCCCUCUUCAUAGUAACGAACGUCAAGUACCUGCAAGUGACUCAGCUCCAGCAGAUUGUUAACCUGACGCUUCUCUUCAGCUUCACUUUUUCCUUCCUCUGCUGCCCCUUUUCCCUGGGCGCGAUGGGACUGGAGCCCCCCACGUCCCCAGAGCAGGGUGUGUGGCAACUCAUCCUGGUCACCUUCGUCGCCUACGCGCUGCUACCUGUGAGGACGCUCUUAGCUAUCGUGUUCGGAGUCAUGGUGUCCAUCUCGCAUCUAAUUGUGACUGCCACUUCUGUUACGGUGAAAACUCAGAAACUAUGGAGAACGCUGGUUGCAAACACUGUGCUGUUCACCAGUGUCAACCUGUCAGGUCUGUUUGUUCGCAUCCUGACUGAGCGAGCCCAGAGAAAAGCCUUCCUGCAGGCUCGCAACUGCAUUGAAGAACGACUACGAAUGGAGGAUGAGAAUGAAAAACAGGAGCGCCUGCUAAUGAGUCUGUUGCCCAGAAACGUAGCUAUGGAGAUGAAAGAGGAUUUCCUGAAGCCCCCUGAAAGGAUCUUUCACAAAAUCUACAUCCAGCGUCAUGACAAUGUCAGCAUUCUAUUUGCAGAUAUAGUUGGUUUCACCAGCCUGGCGUCUCAGUGCACAGCUCAGGAGCUGGUUAAGCUGCUAAAUGAGCUGUUUGGAAAGUUUGAUGAGCUUGCCACGGAGAACCACUGUCGCAGGAUAAAAAUUUUGGGGGACUGUUACUACUGCGUGUCAGGACUGACUCAACCCAAGACUGACCAUGCCCACUGCUGUGUUGAAAUGGGGUUGGACAUGAUUGACACUAUAACGUCAGUUGCAGAGGCAACAGAAGUCAAUCUGAACAUGCGUGUGGGUCUACACACUGGACGAGUGCUGUGUGGAGUUCUGGGCCUCAGAAAAUGGCAGUAUGAUGUCUGGUCAAACGACGUGACACUGGCCAAUGUCAUGGAAGCUGGAGGACUGCCAGGGAAAGUUCACAUCACCAGGUCAACACUUGAGUGCCUAAAUGGAGACUAUGAGGUGGAGCCUGGAAAUGGCCAUGAAAGGAAUGCCUUUCUCCAAAAGCACGAAAUAGAAACUUUCUUUAUUGUGCCAUCUCACCGACGGAAGAUAUUCCCAGGAUUGAUUCUUUCGGAUAUAAAGCCUGCCAAAAAGAUGAAGUUCAAAACCGUUUGCUACUUACUGGUGCAGCUCAUGCACUGCAGGAAAAUGUUCAAGGCUGAGAUUCCUUUCUCCAAUGUCAUGAACUGCGAGGAUGGAGAUAAGCGGAGGGCCAUGCGCACAGCUCCACAGAAGCUGAGAAACCGCUCCAAUGCUAACCAGGCUAACUUGAUCCAGAGUAGCCCAAGAACGAGGGUGAACCGCUACAUUGGCCGGUUGAUUGAGGCCCGCCAGACCGAGUCUGACACAGCAGACCUCAACUUUCUUACACUCAUGUAUAAGUGUUCUGAGCGAGAACAGAGGUACCACCAGGUUCCAGAUGAGUACUUCACCAGUGCAGUUGUUGUCUCUUUGAUCUUAGCGGCCUUGUUUGGAAUUGUUUAUCUUCUUAUCAUACCACAGGGCAAAGUUGUACUUGUGCUUCUCGUCUUCUGCAUCUGUUUCCUCGUAGCUUGUAUUAUGUACCUGCAUAUCACUAGAGUGCAGUGUUUUCCAGGGUGCCUGACCAUUCAGAUUCGAACUGCUCUCAGUAUUCUUAUAGUGCUUUUAAUCUACGCUGUGGCCCAGGCAUGUGUGGUAGGCUGUAUGCCCUGGAUGUGGGGAAGUGCCAAGACAAGCAGUUCCAUUGUCAUCAUUGAUGUGGACAGUGGAACCAACCGCACCAUGGCAGAGCUGCCCUGCGAUGGGGCACAUUAUGCCUUUCUUUCCUGUGUAGUGGGUACCCUCACCUUGGCACUUUUCCUGCGUGUCUCCUGGUUGCCAAAGAUGGCGCUGAUGCUCCUUUUGGGGGUGCUGUACAUCACUGUGUUGGAACUCAGUGGCUUUCGCAAGACUUCAGGUGGGGGGUCCUUUUACAUCCGGAGCUACGAGCCCAUCCUGUCUCUUUUGCUCUUUGUCAGUGCCCUGGCCCUCCACUCCAGGCAACUUGACCUCAAGCUGCGUUUGGACUUCCUCUGGGCUGUCCAGGCAGAGGAAGAACGGGAUGGAAUGGAGAAAGUAAAGUUGGACAACAGGAGGAUCCUAUUCAAUCUUCUGCCUGCCCAUGUGGCUCAGCACUUCUUAAUGUCAAACCCCAGAAACAUGGUGAGCCAUGCUAAUAAACAGGCAAGCAGGCAGACUGACCAACAGGACCUGUACUAUCAGUCCUAUGCUCAAGUCGGUGUCCUGUUUGCCUCAAUUCCAAACUUCAAUGAUUUCUACAUUGAACUAGAUGGCAAUAACAUGGGUGUGGAGUGCCUGAGGCUGCUAAAUGAAAUUAUUGCUGACUUUGAUGAGCUCAUGGACAAGGAGUGCUACAAAGACAUUGAGAAAAUCAAAACUAUUGGCAGCACCUACAUGGCAGCUGUGGGGCUUGUUCCCACCAUUGGCACCAAGGCAAAAAAAUCAAUUUAUGACCAUCUGAGCACAAUCGCGGACUAUGCCAUAGAAAUGUUUGAUGUGUUGGAUGAGAUCAACUACCAGUCGUACAACGAAUUUGUCCUCCGAGUGGGCAUCAACGUAGGCCCGGUAGUUGCAGGGGUGAUUGGAGCACGUCGACCGCAGUAUGAUAUCUGGGGCAAUACAGUGAAUGUGGCCAGUCGGAUGGACAGCACUGGUGUUCCAGGAAAAAUUCAGGUGACUGAGGAGGUGUAUCGUAUGCUGAAUAGAAACUAUGACUUAGUCUGCCGUGGCAAAGUCAGUGUUAAAGGUAAAGGGGAGAUGCUUACAUACUUUCUGGAAGGUAAAGUGCAGGGCAUUGGCACUGCAAGCACUUCAUCGGUGAUACGUUCCACUAGCCUGGCACGCCGUAUCCAUUCCUGUGGCAAGACAAGCGUUCCGACCCAUCUGGGCAGCGUCUCCUCGCCUGCCAGCGUGACUGCUCAUUCCAGCACGGGUGAAAACUUUCAGAUGAGCACUGCCAAUAUCAGCAACAGCCAAACAACAUGCCUCCCCUCACCCUGCGUGCCUGGGCUGGGCAAAGUGGAAAAAAAGGACAAUGUAGAGGAGACAGAGGUUCAAAUUGAUGCUGUGGUAGCUAUUGCAGAUGUAGCAGUGUAGGCGGAACAACAACAGCUUCGAUUCCAGCAGGAAAACACGGAGAAGUCAGGGCUGUCCGAAAAAUUCGCAUAAAUCCUGAGAUACUGGUUCAACCAGGAUGAUUUUAAUCAGGAUAAAAACUUCCUGAGGUAUUACAAGCUGAAACUGACAAUCACUCUUGCUUUCAGAGAUUUUCUUAAAUGUUUGCCUCUAUUCAGAGUGGAGAUGUGAAGAGAAGGAAGAUGCACCCAGCUUCCGAAUCCUCUCUGCACAUCGCUAUUCCAGAUAAUUUAUUUUGUGGUGUUCUCGGGUUCAUGUGCAGAUAUAUCCAGGUAACAUGUUUAACCUUGUUUUAUAUGAAGUGCAUAUUUUCAUCUACGAGGAAUGUGUACGUUGAUACCCAGAAAAAAAGACUAAUGAAUUUGCUUUUGCACUGUCUUUCUGAUUAUGCCAAGGAUAUAUUGCAUUAUUUACAGUAAAUUUAUAUUUUGGUGUAUGAAAGCAUGCAUGUUUAUAAUUAUAAGUGUGUGUAUGCAUGUGUGUUCCAUUUUAAACUGUAAAAAAAAAGACAGCACAAAAUCCUUUUUUAUAUUCACUUCUCGCUCAAUAACUAGCUUUUUACAAAAUAAAGUAAACAGUUUGUCUUAGUGCAUGACUUUAUAAAAGUUGAGAGCCAUAAGUAAAGAGACUCUGCUUGAAAGAAAACCCAAAGUAAUGAUUUUGUUUUAUAAAUUUCACAGAAAUGGGAUAUUGCACCUGUUCUUUUCAUAAAUUAUUAACCAAUUUUAAAAAGUGUCUUGUCUUUAUAUGACCAUGAUUCACAGAGUCUAAAGUAAACGUUAUAUGUAUACAAACAGUAUACAAGGAUUAUGGCUAUUUUGAUGGUGAGUAUGGACUAAAGAAGCUAGGAGGAGGGUGAGAAAUCAGUUGAAUGUUGAAUGCAUGCUGCUACAGAAGCUAGUUCAUGCCAAAAUGAAAGGGUCAACUAAAACAGCACCACACAGGGCACCAAUAAGGUCCUGCAUUUGUGUCUUGCACAUGAACAUACUGUAAGAUUUAACUGUACCCCUUGAACAUUUCCAUGUCUUGCCAAAAAAAUUACCACAUGCUUUCUUUUUUAUUAAGAAAUAUUUUUUAUUUAAUUGGUAAAAUCAUAUAGUACUAACUAAAAUUUGAGCAAUGAUUGUGAAGUUGGGAGGACACAGUUUUUCAUUGCUUUAAAAUAAAAGUUUGAAUUGUGCAUUUAUAUUCCGCGCCCUGAGUCAGUACCCUGGUAUGUCUGCACCAUUUUUAACCAUUCUUUGCAAAAUUACUGCUGCACAUGUUUACUUGGAUUUUGGUCUAAACUUGGAAUGGACUAUUUUAACUAAUACAUUAGCUUCUAUUUAAGCCUUAUCAGUUGAGUCUGUAUGAUUAGUAUAAUUUUCUUGAUGAAAUCUAGACCUCAUUCCUAACCUGAAGAAAGCUUCUAGAUAAGGUUUUCUUCCAGAAAUCAACUUCCAUCUUUUUUUCUGUCUGAUGAGCUCUCCUGUUUCUGCUAAAGAAGAGCAUCCCACUGCAUUAUACUGUUACCACCAUACAAUACAUUGGUUAAUUUUCAUUGUUAGGAUAUUUCAUUUUUAAAAUGUUAGUUCUGUGCCACACGAUUAAGAGCGCUAUCUUCCACAUCUUAGCUGUGUCCCUCACAUUGCCUGCAGCAUACGUUUACUGGGACUCCCCAUGGCCUGCUUUUAGCAAGGAUUUUCCUCUUACUACUUUCAGUAAAGCAAAUUUAUGUGAAGCUCACCACUAAGAGCUCUACCUUCCACUUCAAUAUCUGCAGCUCCUUAAGGUUUACCACCGGCCUCUUGGCUUAGUUAGUUACCUUCUUGCGCAGCCAUUCCGUUUAUCUAGGUAAAAUUGGUUGUGUAAUUCUCUUUCCAUUUUUUGAAACAUGGACUGAGAAUAGCACCAGCAUGCUUUUUAUAAUUUAGCCCUUCUUUAUACUUCUCCAUAACCUUAUGGCUGACCUGUAUGCUGCAUUUCUCAGUCACCAUGUUGCUGUUUACUGACUGAUUGUUUCUAACAAACCUCUGAGGCAUUCCGCAUGACAUAAUGGGAAAAUCCAAGGGGUACUUCUACUUUUGCAAGGCACUGUGGCCUAAAGGGGUAAGGAUGCUAUUCAUCUAUGAAAAACGGAGCACCUACAUGGUAAUAAGCACACCAUUUCCAUAAAUGCAUGACCUUUAAGUGUUUAAAUGCUCAGUCUGUGUACAUUCACUUAUUUUCUUGAAGCUGCAGAAACUUUGGUGCCGUGUCUAUAGCUGCUAUUGUUUUUCAGGCUUAUACAUUACUGCACUACUGCUUUUUGAAUAUAUCAAUGCUACAGUUUGAGAAUAACAUUAAGUACAUAUCUCUCAGAUACAUUUUAAUAAAUAUGAGGCAUGUCAGAUAUCUUUAUAGUCUGUAUCUUUAAGUGCAAAGACAUUUUGACUUGAUAUGGAGAAGUGUGAAUACACCACGUUUCAAGUUUUUUGCCUUACUCAGUAAGCUUACAGUGAUUGCAAAUGGCCUUUUUAGAUUUAUCUACUUUGAUAUGCAGAUCAUUACCUUUUUGUAAAUAGCCAAAAGCUGUAAACUAUGUUGUAUCAUGUACAGUGUAAAAUUAAGUUAUUGAAUAUUUUGUAAUAAAGGCAAUAUUGGUGUAUAAAA